CUUCUUUUUUUAAAAAACUUUUUCUUUCUGCAGUGCCCACCCUGUAGAAGUCUCACUCGGGUUCUGGUGGAAUCUUACCGGAAAAUCAAAGACGCUGGUCAAAAAUUCGAGAUUGUCUUCGUUAGUGCAGACAGGUCGGAAGAGUCGUUCAAACAAUAUUUCAGCGAGAUGCCCUGGUUAUCGGUACCCUACCCCGAUGAAGGACGACGGUCGCGUCUCAAUCGGCUGUAUGGCAUUCAAGGUAUCCCUACUCUUAUUGUUUUGGACGUUAAGGGAGACGUCAUUACCCGGCAAGGCCGAGUCGAGGUCCUGAAUGACACUGAGUGCAAGGAGUUCCCCUGGCACCCCAAGCCUGUCUUAGAGCUGACCGACUCCAACGCUGUCCAGCUGAACGAGGGUCCUUGCCUUGUCCUUUUUGUAGAUUCCGACGACGACGGAGAAUCGGAAGCGGCCAAGCAGCUGAUCCAGCCGAUUGCCGAGAAGAUCAUAGCCCAAUACAAAGCCAAAGACGAAGAGACCCCACUGCUGUUUUUCGUGGCCGGAGAGGAUGACAUGACCGACUCUCUUCGGGAUUACACCAACCUGCCAGAAGCCGCCCCACUCCUCACCAUCUUGGACAUGUCCGCCCGUGCCAAAUACGUCAUGGAUGUCGAAGAGAUCACGCCACCGAUCGUGGAAACUUUCGUGAAUGACUUUCUGGCCGACAAACUGAAGCCUGAGCCUAUCUAAAGCCGAGGUGGGGCAAGGAGAAAGUCUUUCCUCACCCCUCGUAGUAGACGCUAUUUAAAAAUGGCCGGCUCGGUCCGCCACCACGCCACUCCUUCGGGGCGGGCCGACCGUAAUUUUCCCCACGGUGCCUUGUUUUAACCCCAAGAAUGAUGUCUCUGUCCAAACAGCUUUCCAGGUGCUUUUUUUUU